UUUGGAAGCUGUUGGCGCCGCCGCCGCCCGGGUUCGCGCCCAGCCUCGGCCGUCGCGGGCCCUUCCGCCCUCGUCCCUUCCCGGUGCUGCGUGAGGCGAGCGGCCGGGAGGCUUCUGGGCUCCCCGGCCGGGUCCGUCAGCAUGUCGCUGCCCCCGGAGAAGGCGUCCGAGCUGAAGCAGCUCAUCCACCAGCAGCUGAGCAAGAUGGAUGUCCACAGCCGAAUCAGGGAAAUCCUCGCCGAGACCAUUCGCGAGGAGUUGGCGCCUGACCAGCAGCAGUUAUCGACGGAAGAUUUGAUCAAAGCCCUUAGGCGGCGAGGAAUCAUUGACGAUGUGAUGAAAGAACUGAAUUUUGUUACGGACAGUAUUGAUCAAGAACUCCCUUCUUCUCCAAAACAACCUGUUAGUUUUGAUAGACAAUCAACAUUAAAAAAAACUAAUAUUGAUCCAACACGGAGGUAUCUUUACCUUCAGGUUUUGGGUGGAAAAGCUUUCUUGGAACAUCUUCAAGAACCUGAGCCUUUACCGGGACAAGUUUGUUCAACUUUUACCUUAUGUUUACAUUAUCGAAACCAACGUUUUCGUUCCAAGCCUGUUCCAUGUGCCUGUGAACCUGAUUUUCAUGAUGGCUUUUUACUUGAAGUACAUAGAGAAAACUUAGGUGAUGGAACAAGAAUGGCUGAUUCAACAACAAUGUUGUCAAUAAGUGAUCCAAUCCACAUGGUCCUAAUCAAGACAGACAUAUUUGGUGAGACCACUUUACUAGCAUCCUACUUUCUGGAAUGGCGAUCAGUUUUGGGCUCGGAAAAUGGAGUGACCAACAUGACGGUGGAGCUUAUGGGUGUAGGCACAGAAUCAAAAGUGUCUGUGGGAAUUUUAAAUAUAAAACUUGAAAUGUACCCACCACUCAAUCAAACCUUAUCCCCAGAAGUGGUGAACACACAGCUUGCUUUGGAACGUCAGAAAACUGCAGAAAAGGAGCGUCUUUUUCUUGUAUAUGCUAAGCAGUGGUGGAGAGAGUAUUUGCAAAUUCGACCCUCACACAACUCACGACUGGUUAAGAUUUUCGCACAGGAUGAAAAUGGAAUUAAUAGGCCAGUCUGCUCCUAUGUGAAACCGCUCCGAGCUGGACGGCUGCUGGACACUCCAAGGCAAGCAGCAAGAUUCGUUAAUGUCCUUGGUUAUGAAAGAGCCCCUGUUAUCGGAGGAGGGGGUAAACAGGAGCAGUGGUGUACUCUGCUGGCCUUUCUCUGUAGAAACAAGGGUGACUGUGAAGACCACGCUAACCUUCUGUGCAGCCUUCUCCUUGGAUAUGGGUUAGAAGCCUUUGUCUGUGUGGGGACUAAGGCAAAAGGAGUGCCCCAUGCCUGGGUUAUGACCUGUGGAACUGAUGGAGCCAUUACUUUUUGGGAGAGUUUAACAGGACACAGGUACAUCCACAAACCUAUCAAUCCUGAUGAACCUCCACUCGCUGAGCAGCCCAAACCAUUGUACCCCUAUAGAACAAUUGGUUGUGUUUUCAAUCAUCAGAUGUUCCUGGGAAAUUGUCAGCCCUCUGAUGCAGUAGAAACCUGUGUAUUUGAUUUGAAUGAUGAAUCCAAGUGGAAGCCCAUGAGUGAAGAAGCCAUUAAGUCUGUGUGCGCUCCUGGAGCUACAACGUCCCUUCCUCCUUUCCCACCCCUGUGUGCAUCCACCAUUGAUGCAUCAGCGACAAGCAAUGAAAUAGAAAUGCAGCUGAGGCUGCUCGUGUCCGAGCACAGGAAGGAUCUUGGCCUCACUACUGUUUGGGAAGACCAGCUUUCCUAUCUUUUAUCACCAGCAUUGGCGUCUUAUGAAUUUGAGCGCACAACAAGCAUAUCUGCAGGCAAUGAAGAGUUUCAGGAUGCCAUAAGGAGAGCUGUGCCUGACGGUCACACGUUUAAAGGGUUCCCCAUACAUUUCGUGUACAGGAAUGCAAGGCGCGCAUUUGCCACCUGUCUUCGAUCUCCUUUCUGUGAAGAAAUCAUCUGUUGCCGUGGGGACCAGGUGCGCCUGGCAGUUCGUGUCCGAGUGUUUACUUACCCUGAAUCUGCAUGUGCUGUUUGGAUCAUGUUUGCUUGUAAAUAUCGCUCGGUAUUAUAGGACUAACAUUUCUGUAAGGAUUGUAACUGUGUUUUAUUGGAAGUUUACACAUUGAAUAUUACUAGCUAUUUAGAGGUUCCUUAUGUUAAAGUCACAGUGUGGCUUGGCUGUCUUUUCAGUUUUGUAUAUACUUGACUGAUACCAUAGAAGAAUCAUGAGUAUUUAAAAGUUGCACAUGAAAAGCUUGUGUAAAUUGGAGUGGAAUUUAGUUUUAGAGAUAUAUUCUAUUUUAAUAAAUGCUGCUUGUUUACAGGUAUUCGUAUGAAUAUGAAAUUACUUAGUUUCAUGACAAAGAUUUGUCAAAGGGUCUGAGCUGUAGAAAAGUCAAUACUGUGAUUAUUUUUCAUAGACUCAAUGGAUUGUUUUAUAAAGUUAGGAGACUCCGAGCUCAUAACACAUUUGCUUAUUACAUAUAUUAAAAAUACAUUUUGGUGAUUAUCACUUGUGCGAUCCUGGAGGUAUUUGAGAUUUUCUAGAAGAUUAUGGCACAACAGGAUCUUGAGGCAAGAAUGAAUACUGCCAGAAAAGCAUAAAAAGAAUAAUAAUAAACUCCACAUGAAAGUACAUGAAUAAUUUGUAAUUACUAGCUUGAUUCACUAUAAAAAUGAAUUGGAUGUCAUAAAAAUAAUUGUUUCUGUUAUUACAGUCUGUCACUGAUUUUCUGUUUAAAGGAUUUAUUUGAAUCCUCUUCAUGGAUUCCAUCUUCUGGAAGCAUUUUUUUAUUGCAGUAAAAUCAUUACAUAUGUAACCAAUCAGGUCAUUGUGAGGCCACUGGAA